CCUCUACUGUUACACGUAACAGUAGUAGAGUACUAAUACUCUCUCUCUCUCUCUAACUUUUUUUUACUGAAAAAUGGGUUAUAUAUUAUGGGUUUUGAUUCGUUGUUUGGGAUUGAUAAUAAUAUUCAACAAUGGCGAAGCUUCCCACAAAGCAUACAUGCACUUGCAAUCAACUCCUGCUAUUAACGUCAAGCAAGUUCACAGAACUGGCUACCAUUUCCAACCAACCAAACACUGGAUUAACGAUCCAAAUGGACCAAUGUAUUACAAUGGAAUAUACCACCUCUUCUAUCAAUACAACCCCAAAGGUGCUGUUUGGGGCAACAUUGUGUGGGCUCACUCAGUUUCUAAAGACUUGAUCAACUGGAAAAAACUAGACCCCGCAAUUUACCCGUCGAAGCCGUUCGACCAGUUCGGAUGUUGGUCCGGUUCGGCAACUAUCCUACCCGGAAACAAACCCGUCAUCCUAUACACCGGCAUCAUCGACAAAAACAACACCCAAGUCCAAAACUACGCUAUCCCGGCAGACCUAUCCGACCCGUACCUCACGAAAUGGAUCAAACCCGACAACAACCCGUUAAUAGUCGCGGAUAUAUCCGUUAACAAAACCGCAUUCCGCGAUCCAACAACCGCAUGGUGGAGCGGCGAUGACGGUCAUUGGAGGAUAUCGAUAGGCGGCAGGAGGAGAGAGAGAGGGAUGUCAUUUUUGUACCGGAGUAGGGAUUUUGUGCAUUGGAUUAAGGCGAAGCAUCCUUUGCAUUCGAAGGGUGGGACCGGGAAUUGGGAGUGUCCGGACUUUUUUCCGGUUUCGGUUUCCGGUAAGAAUGGAUUGGACACGUCGUUUGUGGGGUCUGGGAUCAAGUACGUGUUGAAGGUGAGCCUUGAUGUGACUAGGUAUGAGUAUUAUACGUUAGGUACGUAUUCGAAUGAGAAAGAUAGGUACGUACCUGAUGAAGGCAUGAUCGAUGGAUGGAAUGGAUUGAGGUAUGAUUAUGGCAACUUUUACGCGUCGAAAUCGUUUUUUGAUCCUAGUAAGAAUCGGAGGAUCUUGUGGGGUUGGGCUAACGAGUCUGAUUCUACUAAUGAUGAUGUUAAGAAAGGCUGGGCCGGAAUCCAGCUUAUCCCACGUACGAUUUUGCUAGAUCCAAAUGGGAAGCAGUUGCUACAAUGGCCGAUCGAAGAAGUGGAAACUCUGAGAGGGAAGAAGGUGGAAUUGAGUAACCGAAAGCUUGUGAAGGGGGAGAAGGUUGAAAUUAAAGGAAUAACUGCUGCACAGGCGGAUGUUGAUGUGGUUUUCUCGUUCGAUAGUUUGGACAAAGCCGAGCCGUUUGAUUCAAACUGGGAUAGAUAUGAUGCACAGAAGCUUUGUAGCCAAAAGGGGUCAACUGUCGAGGGUGGAUUAGGACCGUUUGGAAUCUUGACAUUGGCUUCGGAAAACUUGGAAGAAUAUACCCCCGUCUUUUUCAGAGUUUUCAAGGCUAAAGACGAGCAUUUAGUACUUAUGUGUUCCGAUGCAACGAGGUAUUUUCCUGUUAACUAUUAUAUCCGCUAUACAACUUUUAUUGACGACUUUUCUGGACGAAUCUUUUAUAACAGGUCUACCUUAAAGGAAGGAAAUGGGGCGUACAGACCCUCGUUUGCAGGAUUUGUAGAUGUGGACUUGACCGAAAAGAAGCUAUCUCUUAGGAGUUUGAUAGAUAAUUCUGUGGUGGAGAGCUUUGGUGCGGGAGGGAAAACAUGCAUUACGUCAAGGGUUUAUCCGACUCUAGCAAUAUACGGGAAUGCACAUUUAUAUGCAUUCAACAACGGCACUCAGACUAUCAAAAUCGACAGUUUGAAUGCAUGGAGCAUGAAUAAGCCGUUGAAGAUGAACCAAUAAUGACAAAGUCGAUCAUUGAGACAGGAUGAGAUUAGUUUAGUUUAUUCUUUUCCCCCCCUGUUUUUCGUUUUCGUUUUUUCUGUUUUAAUGUAACUCUUCCACGUAUCGAAAUAAGUCACAAAGACAUAACUAAAUUCCUGUGAUAUCCCAUCAUAAACAAAUGUUAUCUUGCCUUUGAUUGCCGUUAUGAAUACUCAUAUAUAUCGAAAUCUCGUGAA